GAUCCUGAAGAGAAAAGUCAACACAACAGACAAACAGACAAAAAACAGACAGACAGACAAAAAAAAAAAAAAAAAAACAGGAACAGAAUGUAUACUUAUUUGGGAAAACGGAUCAUGGUUAACAACAGCAAAUGUGAAUGCCCUUUCCUCCCUGCCCACCCAUGGAAGUCUAUUCCUCUCCAAGUCACCACGUGGGGAAACCUCCUAGGGUGUCUCUCCUGAGCUUCUCCUGGGGCUCGGCGGGAAGGCUCUGGCACAGUCCGGCACAGUGGACUGGCUUUGCCUGGGCCCUGCCCAACAGAGAUCAUGUAUCGCCUCCUGGGGCUGCGGCCCGUCCUCAAGGGGCCCAGACCCCACAAUACCGCCCUAGGGUUGCCACAGGACCACCAUGGGCUCCGUGCUGUGUCCCCAAGGGGUAAGGAACAGGUUCGGAAUCUAGUCUCUCUCACGGAGGUAUGCUCAGGCGGACAAGCAGUGACUUAAAGCAGCUGGAGAGCACUGCGAGCCCCCGAGCGUGACCUCAAAGCAAUGGAUCCCCGUAGCUCCAGUAAGUGGCAGUGGCAGUGGCAGUACCACCGGAUACUUUAAGAUGGCAGUCUGGGCUGAACUUGUCUUUCUCAAAUAGCCCAGCUUCAUUUUGCCAAAACCAGCCAACUUCUUCGAAAGUCAAUGUAGAAACAAAAAAACCCACCACGCUACUGUGUCCAAAUUGACCACGCCUGGAUCUCUUAAAUCUCCAUCUGCUGCUGGCACUAUAUAGAACCUCACUUCUAUAAGUUUUUAAUCAAAAUUAAUUUUCCAUCUACAUAAGGGCAAGUGCCAGUUGGCCCCCACGCCAAACAGCUUGCUAGAAAGGUGUUCUUGGCGGGUCACCGGCACGGUGUGCCCGUAGACCGCGCUCUGGUCUUCCCGCACGCCAAGACAGGCGCUCUGCGAGAGACCCGUCUCGCUCGGGAAGAAGAGCUGCGGUAGCCACAAUCCUCUGGUGGCGGUAGCGAAACCCAGCUCCACGCUCCAGCCACACAGUGCAAAGGGUAGAAAGAACUGCACUGGCUGAGACAGACGUACCGGAGCCUGGGGGAGUGGGGCAGACAGAGGUUGAAGCGACAUGUCCAGCAGAAAACCGUCCCAAAGUGCGGUUCUUAUCGCUUCUCCAGAAAGCUCAUUCCUUCCGCGCGCACAAAGGGCGCCGAUCCCUCCCGCAGGGUAGAUACCGUAGAUACCCGUAGACUCCCGCUUUUGUGCCCAGAGGGCAGUGCCCUCCCAACAGUCGCUGUUGCUGCUGCCGAUCCUAAUCUCCUCCCUGCCCUAAAAUGUGGCAUGCGAGGAAUCAGGGAAUGGCUACUCAGGGACCUUCGUAAAACAGAGGAUGUGGGUUUAAAAAAGAUCGAAUAUUAGGAAAGGGGUGCUGAGCAGGAGCUUGUGUUGUCAAGGCUUCCGGAAGGGGCACCUUUUUGCUUUAAGGGGCAGAUGACCCCUCCCCAAGUUUGUCUUUCCCUCCACGCCCAGGGUGGGUUCCGGAGCGGUACUCAUCACUAGACCUUGACUUCGUAGGCUGGAGCUGGGGGAGAGGGUGCCCCGUCACCGAGAGGUGUGCACCCUCUACCUUCAACCCAUACCCUCCCUGGAGUCCCGGUACCCCUGUAUAUUUUACACCAAAAUUCAAACGCGGGCAGAGCGGAAUCUUCUAGAAAGGGGCUAAGAUGGAAUUCGGGAGGCGGGGGUCGGUGUGGAAAGAGCAAAUGGAUUAUUUUUUCCUCUCCUGGCGAAUGAGGAAGGCCCCCGACCACCCCUUCUCAUGCGCCCCCCCCAAUAAGGCGCAUGCGCACUUGGGUGGUGGGUGGAUACUUAAGACGCCGCUACAGCGGCUGCGGCAGUGCGCCGAACAGCGGACUCUGAGGGAUCAGUGGACCUCGGCGAACCAGCGGCCCGCUCUCGACCACCUAUCCACCACUCUUAGAACCAUGGCGGCAGUGGCGGCGGCCUCGGCAGAGCUGCUCAUCAUCGGCUGGUACAUCUUCCGCGUGCUGCUACAGGUGUUCCUGGAAUGCUGCAUUUACUGGGUAGGAUUCGCUUUUCGAAAUCCUCCAGGGACACAGCCCAUUGCGAGAAGUGUUCAGGUACUCCCUGCAGAAGCUGGCGUACACGGUGUCGCGGACCGGGCGGCAGGUGCUGGGGGAGCGCCGGCGGGCCCCCAACUGAGGCCCCAGCUCCCAGCCCUGGGCGGCCGUGUCACCAGGUGCUCCUGUGGGUCUCGGCCAGCAUGGGAGCCAGUGCCGCGCAGGAAUGGGGGGUCCCCCGUGCUCUCUCGCCAGAGGGGCACGUGCCAAGGUCAGUGAGGGGCCGGUAGGCCCCCCGGAGAAGCAGCACCGACAAUGACGACGAUACCAGAUCCCUUCCGAACCCCUACGCACCCCUCCCACUGUGGGGCGGGCAGCGGGAGGAUGGGGGGUAGGGGAGCAGACCCCGAGAUCUGGGCCUAGGCACCGCAUUCUGAUCUGGACCAAGUCGGGACAGCGCCAUCCGAGCCCCGCAGCCAUGGCCAUGCCUGAGGCCCCACCAUGGAGAUCAAGCACAACACACCAGCCAGCAGAAUGAACAUUCUGACAUCACCAGCCGAAGCCCUGAAAUCUCGAUGCAGAGAAGGCGCCAACUGCGUGCCUGCGUGGCGGGACUGGAGGGCAUGGAUGAGGGAGGAGGAGGGCGGGCUGAGCUCGCUUGAGAAACAGAGUGGGCCCUCUUGCUGUCCCU